AUGUCCCGCUCCCGCGUCGCUGGGCUGGCGUCGUCUAGCGCCCCGCCGCCGCGGAGCCGCGCCGGGUCACCCCCAGAACGGCAUCAACGAGCGAGCGCUCGAGGCCGCCGGCAGGGGGUGCGGACCGGCGCGGGCGGGGACGCGGCGCCGUUGCCAGGUGCGCGGUUCGACGCACUGGCCCCAGGGGGCGGAGGAGCAGCCCGGCCCGCCCUCGCGCCUCGCGACCGCGCCGCCCGGCUCGCCUGCCCGGCCGCCGGGCCGCCCGCCUUCCCGCCGCCGAGCUCCCGCAGCACGGUCACGCGCCGCAGGCCCCGCCUCGCCCGCCCCUCCGCGCUGCACUGCGGUGCCCGAGGCCCCGCCCCUGGGGAUGACGUCACGCUCCGGCCCCGCCCCAGCUCCCUGCGCAGGUGGGGGCUCGGAAAGGUGCGCGCCCGGCUGGAGCCGUGGGACGAGCCGGGGACUGAGGGACGCGGGGACGAGCCCGGGCGCCGCCGGGACGUCCUCCUCGGCUCAGGGACGUCAGGCAGAGUUCAGCCGACUCCUCGAAGAGACUCGGCCCAGCUUGACACGCCGCGGCGUGGCGGAGCGUCGCAGGCGUCCCCAAGCAGAAACUUGCUGGGCAGGACAGACCCGUUGGCUCGGCGUUCCAGCCUGUGCCUGGGGAUGAGUUGGCCAAUAGUUUCAAGCUCGUACCCAGGAAGUUGAGGAGCCAGUGUUCUAACCCUGGUGGUGCCAGUUAUCUCUGUGGUCUCUUGU